GGUGGACUUCUGAGCCUAAACUGCGGUUAGGCGGUCGGUAAUCCUGCUAUUGUUUCUGUUACUCGAAGAAGAGGGUGGAAAUGGAAGCCCCAGCCAUGGAGGCCGAACCCGAGACUGCGUUUCCUCCUCCUCGCCAUACGACCUCGUCUCCUCCUUCCCCCGUCGCCGUCGUCGACGGGUCGGCGGGAGGAUCGGAACCCGCGGCAGCGGGGGAUGGGAGCAGCGUCGACGUGGCGGUGCUCGAUGGGCCCGCUAGUUGUGGCGGAGACGGUGCGGUGGCGGCCAUGGAGGACCGGGUGAAAGGCCCAUGGUCGCCCGAGGAGGACGUGAUGCUGAGCCGGCUGGUGGACAAGUUCGGGGCGAGGAAUUGGAGCCUGAUCGCGCGCGGGGUCCCCGGGCGCUCCGGGAAGUCGUGCCGUCUCCGAUGGUGUAACCAACUGGAUCCUUACGUCAAGCGCCGCCCCUUCACUGAGGAAGAGGACCGCAUCAUUACUUCUGCUCAUGCAAUCCAUGGUAACAAGUGGGCAUCAAUUGCGAGGCUUUUACAAGGGAGAACAGACAAUGCAAUAAAGAACCAUUGGAAUUCCACAUUGAGGCGUACAUGUAUUGAAGCUAAACAGUACAAAACGAUAUCAUGUGAUUCUUCAGGAGAUGCUGCUGGUAUUGAGAGAGCCAAAGGUUCUUCAGAUGAAUCUCUGUCUUUUAGUAAUGUCAAUUCCUUUAAAUCCAUGGAAGUAAAAGAUCCUAGUUUGAGGGAAAAUGCUUCAGAGAAUUCUGGAGAGGUUGUCGUCAUUAGAGAUGAACCCCUCGUACCUGAGUCGAGAAACCCACCUAACCUCUUCCGACCAGUUGCUAAAGGGAGUGCUUUCAGCCCAUAUAAUAGUACACCUCGUCGGUUGAGUGGUCCUGAAGCAUCAGGACGAGGUCUACUGGGUGGCCCACUUUAUGAAGCCUUCAAACCUGGUGGUGGCAUCUGUAAAUUUCUUAACAAUGUUUCCUGUGAACCUCAGGUUCCGCAACGAUGUGGGCACAGAUGCUGUAUCAUUCAAGAUGGGAGCCAUUCUUCUAGCUCUUCGUUAGGUCCAGAGUUUAUUGAGUUUGUUGAGCCUCCACCCAUUCCAAGUCAUGAGUUGGCCUCUGUAGGGUCUGAAAUUGGCAGCAUUGCUUGGCUUAAAAGUGGCUUGAACAGUAGUUGCACCAGCAUAUAUGCUACUCCACCUGGACAGGUAGAUUCAUGUGGAGUACAUAUCUAAUGCGACAGGAAAAAUCCCCAUGGUCAUCGCUGCACCCAAAGGCAUUGUAAGCGAGUCAACGAGCAUGAUGAAGUGGCAGUUAGUAUGGGAAUGAAGGGAUAUUAGUCUGACCAGAAGUUUGCUUGGAACUGUCAUAAGCAUCCGUUCUUGAUCAUGAGAACAGUGUCUCAUCAAUCAUUGUGGCAUUACAUUCCAGUUUUGGAUAGCCACCUGAUGAUGGUGCUGAUGUAGAUCAGAUCAGAUAGGUCCAGAAAUUGUUAUGACUCUGUCUGGUGAGCACUUGAAUAUUCCUCUAGUGAAUCAGAAUGCUUCAGUUUUCAUACACCUCUCCUUUAUUGGUGUGCUAGACUUGUCAGUUUCUUUGUUGUAAUUUGCAAAAAUAGGAGGGCGUUGGUCCUGCAUCAGCCUGUAUAGCAGGUAUUAUGCCUUCCUUAUCUAGUAAACCCAGAAAACAUGAUUCAUUAAAGGCCGCUUGAAUGGGUAGUCUGUGUCUCUUUGCAUCAGUGCCAUUAUGAAACAAUGUAGAACGAGUUUGAUUCU